AAAGCAACGACUCCGCGUCCGCCUGACCUGACGUCCGCCUGAUGACCGAUUAUCUUCCUUCUCCGUCCGAGUAAAGGAAAGCAACGACUCCGCGUCCCGCUUCCCUUUCCCCGCACGGCGGAGUUCACAAUCCCCACCGGCCGGCGUAGCGGAUAUUGCGAGUUACGACGGGGAAGGAGAGGAAGAUCCGUCGAUCCGCGCAGAUUCGUUUCGAUCGUGGUUUGGUGACUUGGUAAGAGGGGAGGGGAGAAGCGGCGAUGUCGGGCGUGUUCGGCAGGGUGUUCGGGAAGUCCAAGGAGCAGAGCCAGGCGACCGCGCUGGCCUCGCUCGACAAGCUCAACGAGACACUUGAAAUGUUGGAAAAGAAGGAAAACUUGCUAGUGAAAAAGGCCAAUCUUGAGGUCGAGAAGGCUAAGAAUUUUACCAAAGCCAAGAAUAAAAGAGCUGCAAUACAGUGCUUGAAGAGGAAAAGACUAUACGAGCAACAGAUUGAGCAGCUUGGAAAUUUCCAGCUUAGGAUACAUGAUCAGAUGAUUAUGCUGGAAGCAGCAAAAGCUACAACAGAGACCGUGGAUGCAUUGAGAACUGGAGCAUCAGCAAUGAAAGCUAUGCAUAAGUCAACAAAUAUUGAUGAUGUUGAUAAAACCAUGGAUGAAAUUAAUGACAAUAUGGAGAACAUGAGACAAAUUCAGGAUCUGUUGUCAGCGCCUAUGGGAGCAGCAGCUGAUUUUGAUGAGGAUGAACUAGAAGCUGAACUUGCGGAUCUUGAGGGGGAGGAGUUGGAGGCAGAGCUGCUUGCACCUACCACAACAGCUCCGUCCACAGCUCCAGUGCGUGUGCGUGUACCUACUGCUCAGCAGUCCACUAGGCCAUCUGGUCAGAGUAGCAAAGCUGAAGACGACGAGCUGGCAGCACUACAGGCAGAAAUGGCUAUGUAAAUAUAGGCAUUGGCAUGGUCAUCUUGGAUUUCAGAUUCUGCGGUUAUCUCGCAACUCUGGUAUACUCAUGAGGAUCUUCCUAGGAAGACAAGCUUUUUCAGAAUCACAAACACAAGCUGCAUACCAGCCUAACUGCUUAUGUAUCAUGGCAUGCUAUGUUAUUGUUUUGUAAUGAAAUAUUUUAUAGGCUAAUAAACAUAUUUCUAUUAAUAAAUUGUUUCGUG